AUGACUUGCGCCCGCUUGAUCACCGUGUUAAACAGCGUUUUCCUCCCGGUCACGCCUCCGCACUGUACACCUCCCCCGGCCGAGUGGCGCACGGGACCGUCGAUCGAGCCCGGCGCCUCCUGCCUUCAGGUGCUGACCAAGCAGCGGCUGCACGAGCUCGUCAAGGAAGUGGACCCGAACGAGCAGCUGGACGAGGAGGUGGAGGAGCUGCUGCUCCAGCUGGCCGAUGACUUCAUCGAGAGCACGGUCAGCACGGCCUGCCAGCUGGCCAAGCACCGCCGGGCCGCCACUGUCGACGUGAAAGACGUCCAGCUCUAUCUCGAGCGCAAGUGGAACAUGUGGAUCCCGGGCUUCGGCACCGAGGAGAUCCGGCCGUACAAGCGGAGCGGCCCACCGAGGCGCCAUAAGCAGCGCAUGGCCAUCAUCCGCAAGGCGCUGAAGAAGUACUCUGACGGCCUCCAGACGCGGGACGGGCAGGUUGUGCUGUGCAUGUGUCGGGCUCGCUGGUGA